AUGGGUCGUGUUUCAAGUUCAUCGCGUCUGGAAACCAAAAACGUAUACGAAAUGCUAACGACCAUGGAAACCGAGCUGGUCACGGCAGACGAUGUUACUGCGCUGACCGAAUCUAAGGGGACUGGAAAUGGUUCAUUCGAGUCGCCUGCUCCCACGACGUCUGAUGCGGUCAAUUGUGAGCCAGUCACUGCAAGUGAUAAACCGCAAUCUCCUUUUUGCUAUCCCACAAUCCCAGAAUCUGAGAAUGCGUCACAUCGGCUCGGUCCUACUUUCUUAUAUCCUCUGAAGUCUACUCCAGAAGUUGGGCUACUGUCAUACACACAAGGUGAUCAUGUGCUCCUGGUCGGCUCCUGUUGUCCCCCUGGUCGUCAGGGUUGCCCGCUCGGUGUGAAUUUAGCAACUGGUGCCACCGGGAUGUUCAGUUUGUGCACAGGACGUCGUGUUCCGCAAUAUCAUACUUGGGUACUGCAUAGGUAA